AUGGUUAAACCAUCGAAUCUUCUUGUUCUGGAUGAGCCAACCAAUCGUUUGGACAUACCCACGAAAGAAAUGCUUGAGGACUUGAGAUUCUUCAUAAAGCAAAUUGUUAAUCGGGUUUUGGAAGUGAAAGACGGGGUUCUUCAGGACUAUUCUGGAGAUUACGAUUAUUUCCUCAUGUCAGAGCCAAAACAUCUUCGCACUUGUGGUGGUAAAAAAACCAGCUGUCAAGAACACUCGUUCAUUAAAGUACGUACGGAAAAACUGAAACAAAAAACUGCUGAUGGACUUGUUUUGACAAUCUUGCCCUUGCCGGUGCCGGAAUUUUGCUGCUUGGGGUCCGAUUUUUCGACCUUGACUAGAGAAACUUGCCGUGGAGGAUUAUCUCCGGCACCGCCAGCUGUGGUGGCGGCAGCCACCAAUUGGUGGAGGGGAAACAAGAAAUCCGUCCGGAAGAACUUGUACUGA